AUGUCGCUUUCAUUUGAUGAUAAGAUUCUGGGGGAGAAAGUUGAUAAUUACUGUAGUUCUAGUGAAGGAGGAGAAGAUUCUGAUGAGAGUGAUGGUGGAGAAGGCCAUGAAGCUAUUUCUGGCGUAGCAGCUCCUCCUCUUGCCACUGACACGCUAAGUCACCGGGUCGCUCAGACCGGUCCAAAAGGUGUUAUCGCGGACUACAAGCAAUACAGAAAGCUUAAAGAUGAGCAAGAGAAGUUAAAAAGUGAGGUGUCUUUGCAAGUUGCCAAAAAGUGUGCUCUAACCAGCCGACCAUAUAGUGCUGAUCAGUCAGCUAAAGAGGAGGAGCAACAACUCAAAGAAAUGCUUGAAGGUCUGAUGGAUGAUGAUGAUGCAUUUUUGGCGCAGUACAGGCAAAAGCGUCUGGCAGAAAUGCAAGGUGCACUCAAAAGCCUACCUAUUUAUGCUCGUGUAUAUGAGCUAAAUACUGGUAAUUUUGUUAGUGAAAUCGAUAAAGAGCCUGCUGAAGUGACCGUAAUAGUACAUAUUUAUGAGGAAGGUAAUCCCGCUUGCAAAUCCACCAACGAGGCGUUCGAAUGUCUUUGUAAGGCCUAUCCUCAUUCCAAAUUUUGUAAGAUUCGUGCCUCAACAGCAUUUCUGAGUCGGAACUUCGUGGCUAAUGGGGUCCCAGCGAUACUUGUUUACAAGAACAAGGAGAUGAUAGGCAAUCUCAUAUCGAUUUCCAAAGAACUUGAUGAUUAUUUCCCGCCAGAGGAACUUGAAACAUAUCUUUUUGAACAUGGUUUCUUGCCUCUCAAAGAGGACAAUGUCUCCGCAGUGCCCGAGCAAUCCUCAAAAAUACGAUGCGCUUCACUGGACGUUGACUCGGAUUAG